UCCCUUCCACCCACCCACGACCGCCACCACCACCAAUGCUCAACAUGACCGAGGAGCACGACAAAGCCCUGGAGGCUCCGUGCAGCCCCGCGGGCACCACCAGCUCCAUGUCCCACGUGGACUCGGACUCCGAUUCGCCUCUUUCCCCCGCCGGUUCCGAGGGUCUGGGCUGCGCCCCCGCCCCUGCUCCGCGCCCUCCCGGUACCGCUCCGCUGGGCGCUAAGGUGGACGCGGCCGAGGUGGACGAGCGGUUCCCCGCCUGCAUCCGCGAUGCCGUCUCGCAGGUGCUGAAGGGCUACGACUGGAGCUUGGUGCCCAUGCCCGUCCGGGGCAACGGAUCGCUGAAAGCCAAGCCUCACGUCAAGCGGCCCAUGAACGCCUUCAUGGUGUGGGCGCAGGCUGCCCGCAGGAAACUGGCCGACCAAUACCCUCAUCUUCACAACGCCGAACUCAGCAAGACCCUGGGCAAACUCUGGCGUUUGUUAAGCGAAAAUGAGAAACGUCCCUUUGUGGAAGAAGCUGAGCGGCUCAGGGUCCAGCACAAAAAGGAUCACCCGGAUUAUAAAUACCAGCCACGGAGGAGGAAAAGUGUAAAAGCUGGGCAGAGUGACUCCGACUCUGGAGCUGAGCUCAGCCACCACGCAGGGACACAGAUCUACAAAGCAGACAGCGGGCUGGGUGGCAUGGCUGAGUCCCACCAUCACGGCGAUCACACAGGCCAGACCCACGGGCCACCCACCCCCCCCACCACCCCCAAAACCGACCUCCACCACGGCAGCAAGCAGGAGCUGAAGCACGAGGGCCGCCGCCUCGUGGAGAGCGGCCGCCAGAACAUCGACUUCAGCAACGUGGACAUCUCGGAGCUGAGCAGCGAGGUCAUCAACAACAUGGAGACCUUCGACGUCCACGAGUUCGACCAGUACCUGCCUCUCAACGGCCACGCCGCCAUGCCGGCUGACCACGGCCCCAACGCCGCCGCUUCCUACGGCGCCUCCUACUCCCACUCGGCCGCGGGCACCGGCGGCACCAACCAGGUCUGGACACACAAAAACCCGGCCUCGGCCUCGCCUUCCUCUGCCGACUCGGCCCAGCAAAGGCCGCACAUCAAAACGGAGCAGCUGAGCCCCAGCCACUACAGCGAUCAGUCCCACGGCUCCCCCGCGCACUCCGACUACGGCUCCUACAGCGCCCAGGCCUGCGCCACCACCGCCUCCACCGCCACGGCCGCCGCCUCCUUCUCCAGCUCCCAAUGUGACUACACGGACCUCCAGAGCUCCAACUACUACAACCCCUACCCUGGUUACCCUUCCAGCAUUUACCAAUAUCCCUAUUUCCACUCUUCCCGCCGGCCCUACGCGACGCCCAUCCUCAACGGCUUGUCCAUCCCGCCGGCUCACAGCCCCACCGCUAACUGGGAGCAGCCGGUCUACACGACCCUGACGAGGCCUUAAAGGAUGGUUGGAGCCCCCGAGGGCUUCCCCGACGUAUGCACUAAUGAAGGAAUGAAGAAGACGAAGAGCGGGGAGCGCCGCCAUCGUUUCCGAAGUGCCUCCUGAGCCACUGGGAACUCUCGCGACUUGACUGGGUGUCCCCUCGCUUCAAAACUCUCCGACAGGACAGAGGUCUAUUUUUCUUUAAUUAAU